AUGUCUGACCACCGAAUGGACAAGACUCCGUCCUAUCGCUAUUCCGAAAGCCUGCCUCAGGUCAACCUCCUGUCUCUCCAUCGGUCUCGUGUUGGCGUGGACAAGAACCCGACUAGUCCCUCAGCUUCAUCAACCUUGGAGGCCUCCAAGCCGGCGCCAGGUCUGCCAACAAAGUCCCUCCCGAUGCGGGAUCAGUCAUCAAUAUCCGAGCGUUCCUCAUCUUCUAGCCCGGUCAAGUCGGCGGCUCCAGGACCAAGAGAGUCGGUCACUCAGUUCUGUCUCUGUCAACCAGACCCUAAAAUCCCUCGACCUCGCAAUGCCUUUAUUCUCUAUCGCCAACACUACCAGGGAGCAGUAGUAGCUCAGAACCCUGGCUUAGCUAACCCCGACAUCUCAAAAAUAAUUGGUGAACAAUGGAGAAAACUUCCACAAGCGACCAAGGAUGAGUGGAAAGCUUUGGCAGAGGAGGAAAAAGCUCGGCAUCAGCAGCAGUACCCUGAGUACCGAUACCAGCCUCGUCGUUAUGGUCGUGAUGGAACCUCAAGGAGCUUGAGCUCGGGGCUCAGUCAUAAUCCUCCCGGCUCCACAAUCUGUAACCGAUGUGGAGGCAGGAUCAUGAACCCACCUGCUUCCCCAGACACUGUCUUUGGUUCAACUUCCGGCAGUUCGGUGUCGAGUGGGAGAGCCUCCCAAGGGGAUGUGGGAUCAGCUCGGAGCAGUUAUAGUGCGGAUCAAAGGGUCAUGAAACAUGGGAGCCAUGGAGAGCACCGCCUCUCCCGCUCACGCCAGUGGGAGGAAAGCGAAGCUCGGUCCCCCGAUUCAAAAAGGCGUCGAACAAACCCCAUGCCAUUUAGGACGGACUUCCAUCGCGAUAAGAGCCCUCCGGAGUCACCAUACGCGAUGACAUCAUACGGCAGCCGCACAGAUAGCUUAAGUGCACGAGGGAUGGGUCAUGCAGUGCAAGCACCACGGGAUCUUCGCCCAGUGAAAGAGCAUCCGCAGCCAGAUCCCAGCCUGAAGCUUCCACCGUUGCAGACAGCUGCCUCCAUGGCAGGUUCAGCAACACCAGUCACUCCAUUUUCAGCAGCAGAUGGUUUCAGCGUAGAAGCGGCGGUUAUGAACAUCCCGUUUCUCAAUAAAAUCAAACUCCUGGCAAAAAUAUCACCUCAACUUCCUUUGUCCUUCCGUGAAGGAGAGUCUCCUCGCCGUGGUCCCGUGAUCGCCGUAGAUGGGCAGGAUUCGACAUUAGUGAAGACGGUAACGGAAUACCUAAGCACCGCACUGCAAAAGGAAGGCAAAUUUCAGUCUCGCAUCUUUGACGGUCCUGAGAUUAACCAACAGAAACGAGAAGGUAGUGCAGAGCCCGAAGAGAUGGGCGACAAGCAGGUUGAGUAUUUCAACCGCAUCUCCAAGUGGCACCAGAUCUCGGAUGAGAUCAAAAGCUUCGUCAAGUCGGAGCCAUCGCGUCGCUCCGCAGAACCCGGCUCAGGGAACGAAGCUGGCGGUUCUCCCGGUGUCUCACCACGAACCAUUAUUACCAAGACGACAGAUAUACAGAUGAGUUCACCGCCGGCGUCCAGCGAGAAUGGGUCAGAGACUUCAUCGUCCCCGCCAGGGACUGUUGUCCCUAGUUCUCUGCCUGUAGCAUUAGUCCCGCGGUACCAACUUACGACGGCCGAUGCAUAUGCAUGCAUGGUGCCUAUUGCCGAUUCUUAUAACAUCCCGGAUCAUUGGCAGUGGAUGGCAUCCUUAUGGCGCGGAGCAGUUGGGCCUGAUAUCACAGUAUAUAUUAGGGAUUGCGAUGCGCAAGAGAUGAAGCACGCCGGUAAUCCUGUUGAUAUCCGCCUACAGGAUGCAAAAACUGUUGUCGUUCGGAAACUUGCAAAUUCUCCGAAUGAGAUCGAGGAGAAAGUCCUCAAGCGGCUAGGCUUCGAGAUUGAAGACUACCUUACUCAGUAG